CCCCAGUUCAGAAUGGGCGUGGACCAGACAUCAGAGGGGGCAUGAAACCUCCAAAGGCAGGCUUUGGAGUGGGCAGGAAAGCCCAGAAAUCAGGCCCUGCAGCUCGAAAUGGCUAUGGACGAGACUAUGGAACAGACAUGAGGCCCCAGAAGCAAGGAUUUCGGAAUGGGCAUGGGCUUGGAAUCCAGCUGGGGUACAGAAAUGGACUGGGAACUAGAGCCUUCCGAGGCCAAGGACCACAUCCAGGAUACAAAGGAAAUGGAAUGGCAGCCCAGCCGCCAGGUCCCUGCAAUGGUGGGCUUGUCCCACCACAGCUCCUCCCCGGGUCUCCCACUCCAGGAGUCCCUUCAGAUAAAGGAGGUGCCUGGGGCCUGAAAUCCCAGCUCUUGCCCCCAGUGCAAAAUGCUAAAUCCCCAGCACCAACCCCGGCCAUUCAGUGGGGACUGAAGCCUCAGAAAGCAGGUCACCAGCCCUCCAACCGCUAUGGAGCUGAAGCAGAACUGGGCUUCCAUGGUGGCUUCAAGCUGCAGAAAGUUGGUUUCCAUUAUGGGAAUGGAGCUCUGGAAGCUGGAGUUUUCCCAGAGACACUACAGUCAAUGUUCCCCAUAAACAAUGGUUUUAGGAAUGGACUCAGGGAGGAGACUCUUCUGUACCCUAAAGCAACAGUUCUAACCCUAGAGAGAAAUGGUCAAGCUGGGGCCCUGCAGGGCUCCCCCUGGCUGGCCCUCCAGCCCUGGGGGGCUGGAAUGAAGCCAGGAUAUGGAUAUGCAGGCGUGGGGAACCAGGCAGGGCCCUAUGGUCAGCUGAGGCCAGAGCUGGGGCUGGACCAUUUUGGGGAGCCUUUAGUGAAGCAGAUGCCAAGAGACAGCUGGUAAAUGGCUCCUGAGGACACUGCUGAGCAUGGAGCCUGUCCCCUGCCCACCCUGAGGGUCUCUGCAUUAGAGCCUGGUUGGAGGAGCACAGCAGGGGGAUCUGAAGACUGGCCCAGGGCACUGCGCUGCCUGUGGUGUCCUCUGGGCUGAAGUAUUAAUAAAGCCAUAUUAUCCCUUA